AUGGGCAGGUCACCAUGCUGUGAGAAGGUUGGAUUGAAGAAAGGGCCCUGGACUCCCGAAGAAGACCAAAAGCUCAUGUCCUAUAUUGAAAAACACGGCCAUGGAAGCUGGCGUGCUUUGCCUUCCAAAGCUGGACUCCAAAGAUGUGGAAAGAGUUGUCGACUCAGGUGGACUAACUACCUCCGACCAGAUAUAAAAAGAGGAAAGUUCAGCUUGCAGGAAGAGCAAACCAUUAUUCAGCUUCAUGCCCUUCUUGGAAACAGAUGGUCAGCAAUAGCGGCUCAGCUUCCCAAGAGGACGGACAACGAGAUCAAAAACUACUGGAACACGCACCUAAAGAAGAGGCUAACAAGAAUGGGAAUAGAUCCCACAACCCACAAGCCCAAAACUGAUCCCAUCGGCGCUGGCUCAGACACCAACUCCGCUUCGCAAUCCAAGGACUUGGCCAAUCUGAGCCACAUGGCGCAGUGGGAGAACGCUCGUCUCGAAGCGGAAGCCAGGUUGGUGAGAGAGUCCAAGCUUCUUCUUCAGGCCCAGCAAACACAACAAACAACCACAACACAACCUCCUCCGGCGCGCCUCGUCCUUAACAAGAUCACGGCGGCUCAACAACAGCCCUUGCUUCCGCCCUGCCUUGACGUGCUCAAGGCCUGGCAGAACUCAUGGUCUUCCAAGCCGCAGCUUUCCGUACCAUCAAGGGAAAAUUUCAAGAUGCAUAGUAUGUAUGCCAUGAUGCUCUCCACUGAUGAGAAUCUUGAAUCUCCAACUUCCACCUUGUGCUUUCCUGGAAGUGGAAGUAGCGCCAUGCUUCCUAUCAUGUCCUCCACAACCACCUCCGCCACCACUAUCACAGUAGAUGCUCUCAACGAAAACUUACUUAAUCCUUCUCUCACCAAAACUAAGAUUGAUAGCAACGGCACCAUGGUAACCCCAUGUGACGAAGGAGUGUUCAUUACGAAAGGAGGUAAUAAUAACGAAACUGACUCAUCAUGGUACAUGUUGAAACAGAACAACCCUGAAAUAGAACUUGAUGACGAUGAAAUAGUGGAAAAUAAUAAUAACAACAAUAAUAACGGCUUCAGAGAUGACGACAUCAUGGUGGCAGUGGAAGCAUUCAGAGGAAGAGGCGGAGGGGCUUACGACGGUGUUAAUGUUGUCCCACCAACACUGUCCUCAACCGGCGAUGUUGUGGUCAUGGAAGCAGGACUCAUAUGCAGUAGCAAUAACAACGGUGAUGAUGAUGCCCACAUGCCUUACGAUUCCAACGACACCUUGGCAAUUAUCAAUGAUGGUGAUGGAAGCAUCUGUAACGUCAGCCUCGAAGAGAAUAAGCAUUAUUGGAACACCAUACUUAACUUGGUCAAUGAUGCUCAAGUCAUGUUCUAA